AAAGAAUGUAUGGAUCUUGUGGAGGUUGCGACAGGAUCAGGUAAAAGGUUUAAGUGGCGAUUAGAAAUCCUGUUUGUCCAUAACAACUAUUUUACAGGAGAGCUAGCUACACUAUCAGCAGGCCUUGUCUGGCUGCGAUGGGUCAACUUUCCGCACUCAGCUCUUGAGUUAUGGCUUCCUUUGAAGAAGUUAAGAAUUUUAGAGCUUGAGAAUGCUGAAAAGUUAGAAGAACUGUGGAGCGAGACUGCUGAUCCUCCUGUGCAGUUGAGAGAGCUGAUUAUCUCUGAUGCCCAAAGAUUCCAGAGAUUUCCGAGCUCAAUAGGACGUCUACAGCAUUUCAAAAAGAUAUCCUUGGGCUUGGCAAGGGCUAUCGAAGGUCUACCAGAAGAGUUUUGUCAACUCCAAUCGCUGGAGCACCUUGAUUUAUGCGGAUGUCAUAAGCUAAAGUUGCUGCCUUGCAGGUUCGGCGAUUUGAAAAACCUGCGGCAUCUAGAUUUGAGAGGUGCUGGGUUUAUGAUGUUGCCAGCUUCAUUUAGGCACCUCAUAAAUCUGCAAUAUAUUUGUUUACUUGUUUGCUCCGAGCUCACCUUGCAUCCGGACAUCCUUGAAAAUACGGCAAAGCUUGAAGCUAUGCUUGUUUGUGGAUGUGAAUUACAAGAAUUGCCUGCUCAAAUCAUAAAUCAGCAAUCGCUCAAAACGCUGAAUGUGGGCUCCAGAAGCUCGAUGGAAUUACCAAAUGGCAUUGGUCACCUGAGCAAAUUGGAAGCGCUGAUAAUCGGAAGCAGUUCGUUGAAAUCUUUGCCACCUUCUAUUGUGAAUUUGUCCUCUUUGACUCGUCUUGAAAUUUGUUCUGAGAAGUUGGAAUGCUUACCAGAAACACUUACGCAGCUUACCAGCCUUCACAGUCUGCAUAUCCGGGGCUGCCCCCUAAGAGAAUUGGAUAUCUUGUCCGGGUGCUCUUCUUCUUCCUUGUACAGCCUCAAAUUUCUAAAUGUAGAAGAGUCUCUUGUGUUGAGGAUAUCAAUCUCUGAGUAAUGUUGCCCCAGCCUAGAGUCUCUAUCACUUAUGUACAAUCGCUACUUGGUAGAGAUAGAUAGCUUGCCGACAUCAGUGAAGACCAUAGAGUUGAUAACUUGUGAAAAGAUAAAAAGCAUAAGCGGUGUCUCUAGUCUGGUAAACCUUGAGAAGCUGGUUUUAAGAAAGUGUGGGGAGGAAUUACAAGGUUUUCCAAAUUUUGAAGAACUAGUCUCACUCAAAGAAUUUGAAAUCACAGAAGCUGCUGAACAGCUGAAGAUAAUAGAAGGCUUAGAAUAUUGCAGGUCAUUGGGGACACUGAUAGUACACGCUUGGUGGAAGGUAGCAGUUAUAACAAGCC